AUGUACAUAAUAGACGGCCAAUUUCCAGUCCUGUUUCUCUCUUGCUCACAUUGCACACGUGAGCAUUCCGACGCUUAUGCGAUGGCAUCAGUGCAGCCUGCUCCGUUGGAGCAAGUCCUUCACCAACUCGUCAAUAACCUGGCCGAACUGACCAGAAUCCUGUCUGGUCAGGAAAGGUCUGAACACGCACAGAACAAGCAACUGGUCUCACAGAAUUCUCCAGAAACUAAGAGCGAUGUGGAAAUGUCUACACAAUUGCCACUCGAGGUGGAAACAAUUUUGUGUGCAACGCCAGUCGCCGGCUCUGGCCUAACAGAAGCAGUCGUUCCAGUAGAAGGCUCAACAGACGCAACACGAGGUUUCCAUGAGAGUACUACAGCAUCUGAACCGCCGCUAGAGAUCGCGCCACUGCAAUGUGGAGCGCCAGCUACCAAUCCUGAUAUCUCGACAGAGGCUGUUCCAGCGAAUGUCUCAACUGACACACCGCCAGACACUUCUGAGAAUACCGCAACGCCUGCGCCACCACAGCUCGAUGAUUCUAACCCCCCCGAAGAUGUCGUUACAGUAACGGGCGCCCCAUCAGAAGUCUCUGGGAGUCCUGUAGUGUCUGAGCUACCACAGCCCGAUGCUAUAGUUCGCUUACCAAGAGAUCUGGAUGAGUGGUUCGUCAGCCCUCUUCCUACCGGCAUUCGCAUGAAGAUAUUUCAAGCUGCCGGUACUUCAUUUCUCAUGAGUCAUCCUUUGUUUGGUUUCAUGACUAUGAAACUGAACUUGGAGAAAGCUGGUGCUUCGACAUCGAUUCUCGAGGAAUUCACGGAAGAUCCCCUACACAUAGGCCUCUGGGAACAGUAUGUUGAAAUCGCAUAUACACAAUACACGUACUACGUCAGAACCAAGUUCCAGUUGGUCGAACUUCCAGCCCUGGAAGGAAAAGAUGCGCGUGCGCUCUAUAUAUGCGUUAGAUCAAGGAUCCGUAGCCUUUGUCAGUCAAACUUCAAAACCAUCCGUCAUGGAACGCGCGAGCUUUUCAUCCCGGAUGAUCGGGUCGAGACACCAUUGGGUAAAGUUUGGUACGUUGAGAUUGCUCGACAAGUUGGGCCUGGUUCGUUGACGGCCAUGUUAGCGGCGAGCGUUCUUGGAGGAGCAGGAGGUUCUGGGAUAGAUCUACUCUUUUCCAUCUUCAGACGGAUCAACUCGGUCCCACUGGCAAAGUAUUCGACAUUGAGACAGACGCGGACCACGGUCAACGGGAAGUGGAGAGACAUUAUGUCGGAUGAACGGAGAUCUACGGUUCUUGAAAGGAGAUCAACCGUGGUGACUACUCUGGACGAGAUUUCGACAGGUUCAAAGCACUUCCUCGAAGCAGUGUCCUCUGCUACUCAAAUCAUACGUGACGACGAAUUGAAUGGCGUGCAAGAAAGCUGGAAAUACGUCGCCGAGUCCAUCAGUGCGUCAACUAAAAGGCUUCAGGGUCGUGUCAAUCAGCAAAUAGAAGACCUCAAGGUGCAUCAAGAAAGCAUGUUUAACGCAACAUCUUUGCGGGAGACCAACAACGGCAUGGCGUUGAACAGAUCUGUUUACGUGCUUACUGCCUUUACGAUUUUGUACACCCCCAUUGGGUUCAUGGCGACGUUUUGGGCGCUUCCAUUUCUGAACAGUCCCUCCGAUGGUGGAAAGCCAAAGGUACCCGACGGAUUCCAGGAAAGCUUUAUCACAGUACCCAUUCUCACAUACUUCAUUGCCUUUGUUUCCUGUCUCUACCUCGGCUCUUCACGGUUUCGCAAAAUUUCAACCCAAAUUGUCCUAGGGUAUCGGGCGUACCUGUUUGAUCUCUUUGGCCCUGUCAAGUACAUCUGGGAUGUUCUCUUAAAGUUCACCGAACCCUUCCGAGUUGCAAUCCGAGAAAUCCAUCGGCAAAGGGCGACGGUUAGCUUCAGCCCAACUCGAGCUCGAACAUGGACUCAAGGUAUCACAGGAGCGAGUGGGGACACGAACCAGACGCAGCCACGAACCGAAUGGGUCUGA